GAUGUGCGCAUGCCCAGUAGCGCCAUACUCACCGCUUCAAGCCGUUGAAGGUUGAAGUCCAUUGAGUGCUUCAGCAGUUCGUUCCUGUUUUCUCCCAAACUCUGUUUUAUCUUUGAUUAAUGAAAGGAUCCGUUAUAUUGUCGCUCAUUAUCAGUGUCAUCUGUCCCGUGGUUCACAUGGCUCGUGUCUUCGUCUACGGCACGCUGAAGAAAGGCCAGCCCAACUACUUCAGGAUGGAGAACACUUCCAACGGUCAGGCCGUGUUCCUCGCUCGCGCUCGAACCGUAGAGCCAUACCCGCUCGUUAUCGCCACCAAACACAACAUCCCCUUCCUGCUCAACGUGCCCGGGACGGGUCAGCGCGUCUACGGUGAGAUCUACCGCGUGGACCAGAAGAUGCUGGAGUUUCUGGACCGCUUCGAGCACUGUCCUGAGUGGUACCAGCGCACCAAGAUCCAGCUGGAGGUGCAGGACGGGGACGCUGAAGGAGAAAAAAGCAUCGAGGAGGCGUUUGUGUACAGAAAGACUACAUAUGAGUCCGAGUGGCUCCAGAAACCAACAUAUGAGAGUUAUGAUGCGAACGGUGAUCACGGACUGAAAUAUGUUUCUCCUGAGGACAGAAGCCCUGAAUAAUGACUGUACAGGUACCACUUACCACCAGGUAACAUUUGGGACCCUGGUAAGCAGUACCUGUGCAGUCGGCUCUAAAAAGAACCAUAACGUAGCAUACCAUCUGAUACUACAUUAAAAAUCAGGAUCCAAAAUUAACACUUGCUAAGUGCCAAUAAAUUAAUCACAGAAAACAAUAGUUCAUAAAACUAAAGAUCAGAUACUGGAGUCAUUUCAUUGCAUCUGAGUAACAAAGUAUUUGAUGUAUUUUAUAUUCUUUGAAGUGUUAGUUUCCUACAGCACCAAAAAUGAUUUUAAAAUUAUUAUUAUUUUUUUUCCCUUUUUAUUUUAGUUUUUACAUAUUCAUUUAUGGAAUAUUUCAUAUCACAGAAAAGAAAAGAAAAAAACUCGGGGCAUCCUAGAUCAACUUCUGAUCUAGGAUUUACAUUUACACUCCAGCAUCUGAUCAUUUAGUUUUAUACAUUUUUUCUUUUUUUCUUUCUGUGAUUAAUUUAUUGAUUUGAUCAAGUGUUAAUUUUGGAUCCUGAUGUAGUAUCAGACGGUAUGCCAUGUUCACAGGGCAGAUUUGUAAGGAAAUAUACAUUCAAAGAACUGCAAAAGAUUCAACUGUAAAAGGAGCUGGGAACAAUCUAAUAUAAUAUAUAAAACAUUAAAGAUGAUCUUGAAUAAAUGUAGCGCACUAGCAAAACACUCCAGUACAGUACAUCUAGAUCAGGUGUAUUUGCACAUAUGCUGUACUUCCGUUUUUGUUGUAUUUGUAUAUAUGCUAUAGAAGAGUUUAUGAGAGUUUUCUAAAUUGCAAUUUACAAUAAAAUAAUUAAUUCAGAA